AUGUGCAACGAAACAUAAACUAUAUCUCACACUCUGCUCCCUAUAUAAACCCUCAACCCUCUCUGUUCUUGUCACAUAGCUUCCAAAACAAACCUAGUUCACGAUAGAAUCGCGUAGCCAUCAAAAGGGUAGUGAGAAAGAAUCUGUGAAAGAGUGAGAAACAUGGGAAGUCGUCAGCAGAACAAACAAGAGCUUGAUGAGAGAGCAAGGCAGGGAGAGACUGUUGUUCCCGGUGGCACUGGUGGCAAGAGCGUUGAGGCUCAGCAACACCUUGCUGAAGGGAGGAGCAAGGGAGGGCAAACAAGGAAGGAGCAACUAGGGACAGAAGGGUACCAAGAAAUGGGACGCAAGGGUGGGUUGAGCACCAUGGAUAAAUCAGGAGAAGAACGUGCUAGAGAGGAAGGCAUUGAAAUUGAUGAAUCCAAGUUCAGGACUUCUGCCAAUAAGAACAACGACAUGUAACAGACACAUACCUUCGAGUGUGUUCUAAUGCUAGCUUCAAAAUCAGUUUCUGAGUCUUCUAUAAGAAAGAAUAGGUUAUAAUGUGUUGUAGUAGGUCAUGGUUUUAUGUGUGUCCUGAAAUAAAUUAGCUAGCAUGUGUGAUGUUUUAGUGUAUUAGGUUUUCUUGUACUCGGGUCUUUCUUUUGGGGUGUAAGUGAUGAGCGAAGCACAUGUGCCUCGCUUUCACUAAUGUGUUGACGAAGUUAAUGGAAUGUAUAUUAUCUAUGAUCA